ACAUUGGCACACGUACCAAUUUUGAGAAAGUCCUGCCUUUAUAAAGAAACCGGGGCUAGUAUCAUCUGUCAACAGCACCCCUGCAUCUCUCUCAGCCUUUUCUACGCUACAAGACAAUCCCAGAGAUACGACCUGCCUGUCCAUCGCAAUCAAAUAUUUACCGACAUUCUGAUCGGUGCAUCAGUUGAUACAUCGUUAAAAAGCAACAAAUCCGCAAGGCAGGUCUCCUAGCAAUACCACCUUCACGAGAAUGUUGAGGCAACACGCAGUUGUUGAUGCUGAGCGGCCACUGAGGCGUGCACGGAUUCGCCGCAGGUAUUAUGACAGAAGUCGACAGAUCUACGAACUGCAGUGUAUUUGUCCGCAGGAGUUGUCCCAAUUUCCUACCGCGUCGACCUUCAGAUUCUGGAACGGUAUCGCCAAUGACGGCUUACAGUACAGGCCCCUGGAGAUUGGCCGCAUAUGGCCUAUGGACUCAACUCAAGCCGUCUCCGGGACUGGCCCGGUGCAACUAUUCACGAUUGACAAAGGUGCAUACAACAGCGACAUGCCUGAUCUCGUCCCCUACACCAUUGAAGGAAAUAGCCAACGGUUCAUCGUGGAGGCUAACGGCUUUGUACCCACUGGAAUCUUGGAAAAUUUCCGCCAAUCUUCAGCAUAUGGAAACUUCAACUCCAGGCUUGAUGAUCCACUCAUCUUCAGCAUAAUUCAGUUCAUCUUCAUCCUUAGGGGCAUAAGGCGCUAUUACUUCUACACCACACCCCACGAUGCACCGCCACAUAUCCACCUCGGUACUCUGGCUCAAGCUCUACACAGGGCCACUCUAGGGAGCAGAUCCGCUGCACACGGACAACCCCCAUCACUAAAUAGCACAGGGAUGCUAGAGAUACGAAUUCCACAAGCCCUAGGGUUGCAACAUCCACACACCACAAUGGACCCUAGGCUAAGAGCGAAGGGAUUGAGCACCACAGCCAGCACCAUCCCUUACGAUGACAUCACCAGUACCAAUAAAACCAGGGGUAACGAAGCUGGGAAAAUUUACUUUGCUAGCCUCGAAUGGGGCACUAUUAAUUGGGUCACGGGUGAGGGACUUAUGACCGACAGCUCUACGCCUGAAGGACACACGACCGACAGCUUCACACCCGAAGGAGUUGAAAAUGGUUUAGAGGUGUCGGUACCUGGCACCGACAAUGAGACUUAGGCUACUGCUUAGAGAACAGGUACGCCCGGGUUCUCAUUAAGGUA